CCCACGUUGCAGCACCAACUUCUCCGCAGAGCUUGCCCUCGCGCUCCAUACACCUUUGAAUCCCUCCUCCACUUGCAAAGCGCGUUGUAUAGCAAAUCACCACCAUCAUGAGCGACUACAUCGACUUCAGCCAGCCCAGCCUGUGGAUUUCGGCAGCGACUAUCCUGUUCAAUCCCACAUUCUGGAACAUCGCAGCACAAUCGGAAUACUACAACAAGACCAUCACCAAGCUCUUCGGCAAUAACCCCCGCUAUGGCUGCUACGCUCUCGCCGUGACCAUCUUCUCCCUUGGCAUCCUGCGCGACUUCCUCUACGACACCGCUCUCUCCCACCAACCAACUCACCCCGCCCUCCUCACACCCCUCAUCCACCUCUCCGCAAUCCCCCUCUUCGCCACGGGAACAACCCUCGUCCUAACCUCCAUGUACGCCCUCGGCGUAACCGGCACCUACCUCGGCGACUAUUUCGGCAUCCUCAUGGACGCCCCCGUGACCUCGUUCCCCUUCAAUGUCUCCGACGCGCCCAUGUACCACGGGUCGACGCUCAGCUUUCUCGCGACCGCGAUCUGGAAAGGCAAGCCUGCGGGCAUCUUCUUGACCUUUGUGGUGGCCGUGUGUUACAGUGUUGCCAGGAGGUGGGAGGACCCGUUCACCGAGAUGAUUUACACGAAGAGGGAUGAGGAGAGGAAGAAGGCGGGGAACAAGGCGUUGUAAAGGGUUCGCAGAGUCAGCCUGUACAUAGGCAAGGAGGACUGGAGCAGCUACGGUGAGGCUAGUUUCUAUUGCCUCACCAUACCAUCGACGAUGCAGAGACAUACGGCGAAAGACAUGCUACACAAGGACACGGUCCACGGUCGAGGCACGCAGGAUGAGGGCUUCGUUGGCGGUUGCGGGCAUUCAACUGCUUCCGCAAGGCAGCUCUCAGGCGACGGGAGAGAUUCACUACUUAGGUAGAUGAGAUGCUCAUUAUAAAUUGGUUUGACGUGAACAUGACAGCCCAAAGCAACAACGCCCAAGCAACACCUUUUUCUAUAUGCAUAUUUCACUGGAUUCGCUCCAGGACACGACAAUGGACUUGUUUGAAGAAAUUUAUUGGAUUAGGCAAUCAUUUGCAUUAACAAGAGGUUUUCGCUCUACGCUCUAAGUUCGCUCAGACAUUUCCACAGCUGGCCAUGACUGGAACAACAACACAGAUG